GGACUUACUAGUGGGGCCCUUCCUUUAUUAUGUACCAUGUUGUCCCCUCCAGCUGUGGUUCUGCACCCCUACAGCCUGCCUGUCUAUCCUCCAGCACCCCAGUGCUACUCUGGGCUGGUUCAGGGUAGUCCAGAUGCUACAGUACCACCUACUGAUGCCAUGACACAGACGUUUCCAGCCCAGUAUCCACCGCCACCACCCCAGGCCCGGCUCCCGCCACAAUACCAUCUCCACAGCACUCCAUCUGAGUACCCAUCUCCAACUGCCCUGGAUCAUAGCCUGCGCAUCUUCCCCGAGCAGGGCACAACGGCAUCGGAUCCGCUACCAUUGCCUCCACCUCCUGCUCAACCUGAAGAAAUCCCUGCACCUGAGCUGUCUCCAGAGACAGAGGAUGCAGAAAGUGAGGAGAAUAAAGCUCAGCCAAAGCGCUUACAUGUGUCCAACAUUCCCUUCCGCUUCCGUGACCCUGACCUGCGGCAGAUGUUUGGACAAUUUGGAAAAAUCCUCGACGUGGAAAUAAUCUUUAAUGAGCGGGGCUCCAAGGGUUUUGGGUUUGUCACCUUUGAAAACAGCCAAGAUGCUGACCGGGCACGAGAAAAGCUAAACAGCAGUAUUGUUGAAGGGAGGAAAAUUGAGGUCAACAAUGCCACUGCUCGUUUAGUCACCAAGAAACCCCCAGUGGCACCUCUGGUGAAUGGAUGGAAGAUCAAUCCUGUAGUUGGCGCUGUCUAUGCUCCUGAUCUGUACACAGUGGCAAGCAUCCCUUAUCCCAUGAUGGCACCUGCUGCUCUGGCCUACCGUGGAACUCUGCGAGGGCGUGGCCGAGCCACUAUCUAUAAUCCCAUUCGAGCAGCACCUGCCCCUACUCCAGUUCCAGCCUAUGGCAGCGUGCUGUAUCCGGAUGGUCUAUACAGUUCUGAUAUCUACGGUUAUCCUGCAGCAUACAGAAUGGCCCAGACACCAGCAGCUGCAGCAGCCACAGCCACAGCAGCAGCAUACAGCGAUGGGUAUGGACGGGUCUACACUACUGCUGAGCCUUACCACCAUGCAGUAACCCCUGCCUAUGGAGUUGGUGCCAUGGCCAGUUUAUACCGAGGAGGAUGCAAUCGCUUCACUCCGUACUGAAAGGACCAAGCACUGGGACUGAGCAACCAGGAAAUGUCCGUCAGUCGAUGGCACGGAUGUUGGGAUCCCCGUGCUGAGAUCCUUGUCUCUCUCUGUGUGAGUGUGUAUGGGUCUGUGUAUGAAGGAGAGAAUUAGACCAUUGGUGUGGAUAUCUCCCACCCAGCAAUACACUUGGUACUAGGGACUGCUCAGGAAUUUUCCCUGAUCCCAUAAGAAUUUUUAGCAUUAUUCACAAUUUGGGCAUCUCUUCUAUGUCUUCUGAUUGGGUAGAGACUAGCAGCUGGGCAGCACACCAAAUCAAAAUGCAGAUCAAACGGCAGACACACAAUCAUAGCUAAGUUAUGGGUCUUGAGCUCCACAGGUAUCCUAUUUCAGUUGUUAGACUGUGCUGAGGAAACUUUGGGGCUUGGGAACUCCAUUUUAUGUCUUGAACUCUAUCCAAAAAUUCUCUCAGCCAUAAGUAGAGAGGCUUCCAGUCUUUGUACUGGAUCUGGUGCAUUUUUAAAAUCUUGAUUGAGGUUCUUAUAAUUGUUACGGCCUCAGAUAAGGAUGGGAGCACUACCGUUUCACCUGAUCAAAUAUUCAAACAUUGUAAAAUAAUUGAUUUCCAAGCCUGUGGGGUCAAAACAAUAGAUUUACACAGUUUACACUAACCCAGUUUUCCCAUGAAACUUGGGAACUAUUAUUGGAAAUGACUGAAAAUAGUCAGUCCAAACUCUCUUGUGUUAAAUUUCCCACAGUUCCUGAGGAAGAAGACAAGAUAGUAGUUUCCCAGCUGAUCUCUAGAGGUGACAUGGAGAAAGAGUGGAAAAUAUGCCACUCUCUUGAGGUUAUUGGAUUCUAGCUCCAGACAUCUCUGGCCAUCGGCUGGGAAUUAUCUGGAAAAGACCACCUGGAGGGCCAUAUGCUGCCAUGUCACUUAGAUUCUUCUGCAAUUCUCUGCUUUCUCUCCUCAUUGCCUGUCCUUUUCCUGUGCUUUGACUGCUCUUUUAUAUUUUUCUCCUCCAUGCUAGCUCUCACUUGUCUCUCUCUUUUUUUUUUUUCUGUGUCCUUUGUAUUUCCAAUCUGCUUUGGGUGAGCUGAAACAAGAUUCUUUCGGUAAAAAUGAGAAUCAAGUUUUUGGCUUACAAAUGUUCCCUAUUUUUAUUCAGUUAUGAAAAUUUGUCAACGCGUUUUCAGAUCUCCUUUCUCUCCAGCCCACCCACCCACCAGUCUGGGAUGGCCAGGAUGUAGAAGAAACAGUUCUGUUUGCAGGAAUGACGCAACUUUACUUGCCUCAAGAGAAAAUAUCCUUUUCUAAGAGGCAAUUACUAAACAAGCAGGCAGUGCUUUUUUCAUAGUUCUUCAAUACCUCUCCUGUGCAAAACCCCUUUUUUAUGUCUGAGUUGAAAAACAAACAGCUCCCAUUUCCCUAUUUUCAACUGACUGGGCUGGGAGUAACAUCUUUUAAUACUGGCAAUAAGAUGCAUCCUCCAUUCAUAUUAAGGGCACAGGCUUCCUUACUGCGAACAGGGUCAGCUUCAAACAUUUUGUCAUUGCUUCAUUGUAUCCAGCAUGCCAUCAGCUGGUUUAUACUUCUGCGUAAAGUUAGGCCCUGUUGCAGAAGUUAAGUCCAUCUGUAUGGUAUAUGGAAAAGCAUGCCUAUGUACAGUGUAUGCAUUAUACAUUGUAUAUCCACCAUUGCAUCAAGUUUUCAACAUUUUUUGGAAAUGACAACGAUAUUAACUUUUACAUUGCAAUCUGUGCACUUAAAAAGACAUUUCUAAAAUAUUUUGGUAUGAACUGUGCCUCAUACUCUUAACAAUUCUGAAAUGUGGAACAAUGAAUGGGGAAGAGUUGUUAUUUUUAUAUUAAAAUAUGAAUAAUUUAGCUGGUAUACAAAUAAAUACUUUAUUUGUGGAUAUACAGGAAAAAUCAACAGAUUAGAAAUAUCGGAAACUUGAAAAUCACUGUUUGGGAAGUUUGCAUCUACUGACAUAUGCUGAUAUAGAUAUACACACGCAGGGAUGUUAUUUUAGGACGGAAGCCUAAGGACUUUUAAAAAUGCAUUUCUUUUUUUUUCUUUUUUUUAAGGAAUAUGUUUAAUCAUCAUUUUCUCUCAAGGGCUGUUGAUCCCAAAGCAGAAUCUAUUUCUGUUUCUGGCAGUUUUGCUUCACUGUAUUUUUGAAUUUAUGUUGCGGUGCUUCUCAAGUUCACAGUGCAAUAUCUCAGGGGAAAAAAACUUCUCUAUAUAGAUGCUUGUUUUCCUUUCUGCUGUUUCCACAUUACUGUAAUAAAAUCCUGAUCUGGCUAAUUUCUGUUACUCUCGCCUCUUCUUCUUUCUUUUCCUCCAUCUCUUUUUCUAUUGCUGCAUCCUUGUGCUUUCCCUUAUUAAAAAUGAUGCUCUCUUCAUUUCCACCAGGGAGGUUGAAGAGGGGAUGGCAGCCUGGCAGGGGGCUUUCUAAAAUGGGCAGGCUAAGAUCAGAAAUAGGCAUCAAUUUGGGGAAAUAUGGAUGAAAACAGAGAAAAGGCUAAUUUUAUUUUUAAAGCUGCAAAACAGUUUAGGCAAUGGUGAUAGCAGAACAAAAUAAACAUGUAACCUGUGAGAAGCAAUGCAUUUCUCAAAAGUGUUUCCUAAAAGCUUUAUGCCUGCCCCUGUUUAAAAAGAAUUGGCUGCUAAUACACACUUUUCCACUGCUUUUUUGAAGACAGGAAAUCCAAUGUAAUAAAAUAGGGUGAAUCUAUUGCCAUUUUUUAGAAUGGUCUCUCAUGAAGCCAUUGUUAAAAUGCUGUUGUUGUUUUUUACUAUAUCUGUGUGUUGCCUUGAGCACCCCAAGAUUUUGAAUAUUGUCCCCUGAUGAAUUAUGUUUAUAGUACAAAUUUAGUGGGCAAUUUUGGCUGAAAUCUUAGUAAGCAUAAAUAUAAGAGGAAAUGACCUAAUUAUUAAUCAAAUUCGUAUUCUGGUCAACUCCCAACUACUCUGGGUAUCUCACAGCAACUCAAAUAAGAAAAAUACAACAAUAACCAGAUUGAGAAUUAUGUGUACUUACGCACACACAAACAUACACAUACGUACAGAGAGAGAAAGAGAGAUUAAAAGAAUCAAAGUUAGCUUUUUUCUACUUGACCCAAUUCACUAUCUCAAAAAGCGAGUGGAGGGUAUCUUUGAUCUGAAGUGCUAUAAAUGUGAUCUGAAGUGCUAUUGUUUUUGAUUCCACAACCUAUUUUCCCUUCUAACAUGCUUUCCUUAAACUAAUAUUUUGUCUCUCCUUGUUUAAGAAAACUUUUCCUUGGUACAAUUGCAGUCUGAACUAAAAUCUCCUGUCUUCCUAGAAUCUAUUCCAUCUCAAUGCUGUUGAAAGGCUGAUCUUUCUCUUGGAAGCCCUGCCCAUGUUUCUGAAAAAUUAAUUCUCCAGGACAGUCACUCCUAUUAAAGAAACUGGGCUCCAAACAGUGGGACUUUUGUAUCUUGAGUUAACGGACUGGGACAAGAAUCUAUUGCAGUUUUAACUUACUGGUACCUUUAUUAUAAACUUAGGAGCCCUUCCUUCUUUCAUACCUGGCUAUCCUAGUACAGACUAGGCUAUAGCUGCAGGACAUUUGCUGCAUUUCAAGUAAAAAUUUAAUCCCUGCAAAGAAAACUGAACAUCCAUAGGAAUGAGAAAUAUUUUGUGUUAGGUUUUUUCCUCCUGUGCUCUUGAUACCUGGUGUCCUCCCAUAUGCAGGCUGAAAUGAGCACAGGAGCACGUAGCCCCUUCCGUCCACUGGAUUCUGCCCUCCCACUGCUACAUGGGCAGAUCAGAUUUGCAAAUGAGACUCAUAAAGUUUCAAAGGCAUUACCGGAACAUAAAUGCCACAGGCCUCUGUGACAUUUAUUUCUGCAUAAAUGAGCAUUGGGUGGAUAAUUUGAAAAAGGGGCUCCUUGCAUUUAGAAAUGCUUUUUUGUUGUGAUAUAGCUGUCCAAGAGAAUAACUGAUAGAUACCUAUUUCCUUUUGCAAUCUGGUUCUGCUCUAAUGUUAUAGUUGUGAAUUCCUUUGCAUGUCUUUGCUUUCCAUUAAGUUUUGCUCACUCUGAGGCCACAUCACCUCAUUCUUUGCUCCCCCCCCCCAUAGCUUUGUUCCUCUAAUGAUUUACUAUCAUACUUUUUCCCUCUCUUUCUCCUCUUACUGUUUUCCUAUAGCUUUGUCUCUUUCCUUGCUUUCAUGCUUUCUGUUUGUGUGCAUAGAUUCAUGUCACUUUUUUUUUUUUGCUUCUUUUCCUUUUUCAGCUGAGGUUUAAAUUAGACAAGGCACAGAAUAGACAUGGGUGGUUGGCUAUAAGGAGGAGAGCAAAUGGCCUGACUUUUCCCUCCUUUUUUUGUUGCAACCAGGGAGAUUUUUCUUCUCCUGCAGAAUGAAAGCCCCUCUUAAAAAGGACAUAUUUUUCAUUAAGUCAGCUUCUGAAUGGGAACAGCAGUUUGACAGUUUUCUUCCUCAAACCUUCUCUUUUACUAGUCUAUUUGGCUCACAGCCUCCCCAGGUAAAAUUUUAAAAGGGAUGAAAAGAUAUAUGUGACUGUGACUGGCUCCUUCCAUCACAUUUUAGUAUAGUGUAGUGUUUUGUCACCAAUAGAGAUAAAGAAGAAAAUCAUAUUGGCAGCAGCAGCCCCCCCCACCCUUUCUCGGAUUUUAUCUAUUGCUUAUAAUCCCCAGCUGAGGGGCUCACACAGUUCCCAGGUUAACCCACCAAAUUAAACCAUGGUUUGCUUAGCCACUGUUUAUUUAACUAACUACAAUUGGCUCAGUUCACACAACACAUGGACAACAAAGCUUUGUUUACAAUGUGCUUUGCGUAAUAACGAAGAUCAGACCAAACAAACUGCUGUGGUUCUGUGUUGCUUUCUGGUUUGUUCCUCAGCUUCUUGGAGUUUAGCUGCACUGUUUCUUCUCUCUGUGUGUUCUUUGAUUGCUUGCAGAUUCUUUCUGGUUUGGCUCUUUGCUUUCUUUGCUUAUUUUUUCACAUGUGCUUUCUUGCUUGCUAGCUAACUUUUCUCUCUACAGCUUCAUUUCUGAAUGCAUUUUUGGGUGAAUUCUUAGGUUUGGUAUCUUACAAUAUACCUAAUUAUAACUAUAUUAACUGCUGUAUGAAAGAAUGAGACUAUCUCUUGUUCAUCUUGGGACCUUGUUGCUAAGCCUGCAACUCUCAGCAUUCAUAAUUUGUGAUGCUGGUUGAAUGGGAGUUGUAAUUCAAGAACAAAGGGCUACACAUUCUCCAAUCCAUUUUAGAGCUAAGGAACUUUGAACACUUCCUUUCUUGCCAAAAUGCUUCUCGUCUUGGAGCAGGUUCUUCCUAUAGUCCAUAGGAACAAUCAGUAUUUAAAAAUGAAGUUUAGAAGUCAUUUUGUAUUGCACCAAAUUUAAAUAACCCUGGAAAUGUACUUGUGGCAUGUUUUUCUCUCUCUUUCUAGCUUUGCUAUAUGCUAUCCAGCUUGCUUCUCCCUGAACUCUCACUGCUUCUUCUUUCUUGCUCAGCUUCUCCUAGUUUCUUUUUUACUUCUGCAUUCUUGCCUUUUCUCUUUCUUUCCAGGAAUCUUCCCCUUUUCUUGAUCCCAUGUUUGCUUCCCUUGUUCCUCUUAUUUAGCAAAAGCACAGUGUAGAAUGCUUGUGUGUGUUUGUGUGUACGUACAUACAUAAUCUUUAUCUAUCUAUCUAUCUAUCUAUCUAUCUAUCUAUCUAUCUAUCUAUCUAUCUAUCUAUCUAUCUAAAUAUCUAAAUAUAAAUUUAUAUACUAUAAAUUUUGCUACCCAAAGUGACACUGGGCACUUUCUAAACUGUGGGAAGUACCUAUGGCUCUAUCAAAUGAGAUCUAUCUAGAUUUCAGUUAGUUUUCUGUAUGCCAGACUGGUUUUUAAUUUCACCAGUGGAGGAAGAUGGUGAUGGAAAUCCAGAUAUAUGUUUGAUGAUUUAAGCCUCAUUAUUGUUUUGUUUGCAUCUAUUUGCAGUCUUUUGACAGUGACAUGCAUGCAUGCCAGUGGUUGGUUGGCAUUUUGCAUGCAUUAGCCAGAUCCUACUGUUCCUACUUGCACCUAAACAUAACACAACAUGCUCUGGUAAUAUCUUCUUCUUGUCCCAUUUCUAAAGCUUUUGAUCAAACAAGGCAUCAAGUGCCUGUUGACUUGAGCAUUUAUAAUCUAAUGUUAGGAAUCCAAUAUGUCUAUGUAAGAUGUAAAAUUGAAGACAUGCAAAGACUGCAAAAUAGGACAUUUCCUGCCUGAAUGCUUAUGCUCUGGUAUUGUUUUCCACGUAAGAAAAGGUAGUGGGAGGAAACGUAUUUAAGGAUUUUUUUUCCCUGCAAAAAUCUCAAACACAUACAUUUAGGAGAACCUUAGGCGCUGCUAUGCAUGUCUCAAUGGAACUGCUCUACAGCAAUUAUGCUUGCUGAAACUGUGACUUUGCCCUCAUCUCUUCCCCUUGUUCAUCUCCAUGAAUAAGACAGGGAUGUUUCCCCCCUUUAGAUGCCCCAUCAAGUGCAACAUCAAAUUGGGAAAUCUGUCGUGUUGUUAUUUUGGAGGAAAGCCAGAUGGGCUGGCAUGAGCAGGAAGAAAGGCAACAGGAAGAAUAGAGACAGGCAAGGAGAAGAACCCGUUUUAUGCCAAUAUAACUUUCUGCUGCUUUACAGAUUGAGGGAUAGCAUUACAACUGAACAAUGGGGAAAGACCUACGUCUACGUCCAGUUCAGCUGAAAACAAUUUAAGCCAAUCUCACUCAUAGCCUGGAGACAAGAUGGAGGCAGUAUAAUGGGGAUUUGGUAUACACAGCAGCAAAAAAAAAAAAAAAAGACGUUACCAAGACAUGUUUGGUGACUGACUCACUGAUCUUUCUUCUUUUUUCUUGCUUAGGCUGAAUCUUACCCCCUCUAGUCUCUUAGCUGGCCAUUGAACGCUUGCUAUUCUUAACUGCAAUUUUCUUCUUGUUGCUUCUUUUUUUUCUUCUCCAAAAAGCUAGGCUUUUUACUUUAUCUAACCCUUUGUGAUGUAAAGAGAGAGAGAAAGGAAGCAUUUGUUAUCACGAAGGCAGAGCAAAAAUAAAUAAAUAAUAAUAAUAAUAAUCCGCCAUUUUAUCUUCAUGUUUUUCUGCUGAACUCUUCCCUUGUCUCUGAUUCUGUUCCUGUAUUGAAGUAAGCCAGCUGGAGAAGUCUUGAAAGAGCAGAAUGUGGGAAAAGAGAGCAAAGCAAAAUGAAUUACCAUACUUGCUUCUCCUUUACAUUCUGUUUAGUAAGGGACCAUUAUUCCUCACAAAUGAGAGGGUCGACUAGGCAAAGAAAUUUCCAUCUUGUCUGGAUUGUAAUUGCUGUGCUGGGCCUGCCUGCCACAUAUUUUUGCAUUCUUUUUUUUUCUUCUCUUUCUCUGAGUUGUGCUUGUUUUCAGUUUCUUUUUUUCUCUUUGUGGUUUGAGGAUCUGUCAGUCUAUCAGUAAUCCAAGAUAUAUAAUAAGUAGUCGAAAGAUACAAUCCAUCCUCCCUCCCUCCGUCUCUUCCUUCCUUUCCUCAUUUUCUCUUUUUUUCUUUCUCCCCCUCCCGCUUCCUUUCCUCCCUCCUUUACACUUUCACAGCAGCUCUGACAAGGGCUUCCCUGAUUGGACAGUACAAGACAAAAGAGUGACCACCUUUUAUGAAAUAGCAAUAACAAAUUCCGGGGAAGCCGAUAUUGAUUAAUCAUUAGGAAUUCUCCAAGUCCUACUCUUGGAUCAAAGUGAGGUUUUUUUCAAUAUCUCCUUCCCCAUCCUUGUUUUUCAAUUUCCUUAAUCUUUCCAUAUUAUAAAAAAAAAAACAGUAGCAUUAUGUGCACUCUUACAUGUAUCUCUGCUUCUCUUCCCCUUGAAAGAUGCAAUCCAGAAGCUAACAGUAAGGCAAUGGGUGUGUGCUUUGCAAUACAACUCACAUUUCUAGAAACCAUCCCCCCUUUGCUAACUGAGAACAACUGGAAUCGUAGUCCCAACACAGUUUAAAAAUGUUACAUUUCAUAGCCCAAUAAGUAUCAUUCUUCCCACUUUUGCCUUCUUCUUUUUCAUUAUCUUUUUUCUAUUCACAUAAUUUUGUCCCUCCUCUGCUGCUUGACUGCCGUGAUAUUUUAAUUUGGUCUUGUAGUUGGUACUAACGUUUAUCUUGUCUUUACUGAGGCCAUCACUUUUUUUCACUUCCUGUUGUCUGUGCCUAUAUUAACUUAACCGCUUGCUGACUUUACCUCUGCAAUACUGUGUAUGUAUUUUCUUCUUUUGCACACUUGUCUUGCUUGCCAUAUCUUCUUCUUUCUUCUCUCCUUAAAGCCUUUCCACCAUUUGCUUGUCAUGAUUUGUCUAUAUAUGUUCUAAUCAAUUUUGUCACUUCAUUGAGAAGCAGCUGCAAGUGGAUAUUUCUGUUCUGCUCUGUAACUAUGUGGCUUUUGUGCUAUUAUCAAGCUACCAUUGCUGCAUCAGGACUAAAGUAUUUUAUUAAUACUCAGAAAAUUAUUUGCAUUUAGAAUGUUCCUAUAUAUAGAAUCUAUAUAAAGCCCAGGUAGUUUCUUCUCUUGCCUGCCUUUUCUUCUCUCCAUCUUCCCUACACCCUGCACUGAUUUAAUUCUGCACUGAUUCCCCCCAAGACUUUCACUCAUGAUGCUCCAGUCAUCUGCUUUAAAUCAUCUCCUUAAUAAAACCAGCCUUGUCUAAAUCUAUAUUUUCAAAAUUCUUUUGAUCAUUUUCUGUCUGUAAUUGCAUUCAUACAUUUAUAUUGAACAGUGCUUUUUAAUAUUGUGUGAUACUGUGCUUUUUCCUUUUUUACUCUAGCUCUAUUUGCCCAACCAUCUGCACUCUGUUCGCUUAUCUUCCAUUUUUUUCCAGGGGUUGUCCUCAACUUUUUCCUACAACGUAAGAACUACUUUUAGAAUUAGUAUUCUUUUUUUCCUCUCUUUUGCUUCCUCUCUUUUAUUUCCUUGUUCGUGUUCUCCUAGUCUGUUUCCAUUUUUUUAUUAUCUCCCUUAGUAAGGCAACACUUGGGGUGGGGGAGGGAGGAACCAGCACCAGUGACAAGGAUGCUAUUGAUUUGAAUUAAAUUUUGAUUAAGUGUGGAGAAUAGAAUUAGCAUAAACUUAAUAGUGAAUGUGAAUUCAGUCGACAAAAACAACUUACUCUCUAUUCACUCUUCUGUUUUCAUUUUUUUGCUUUCUGCUUCUCUUGAAUGUUCAAAGCCAUUUCUCCUUCUCUAACCCAAUACAUUCUCUUUGCUUUUGCUCAGUUUCCUUUCUUUUCCUUUCCUUCCUUUCUCUUUCUCCUCUUUUUUCCUUUCUCUUCCUUUCUCCUUUCUUAUCUUUCAUAUUUCCUCUUUCUCCCCAUCUUUACAUACUAAUGAAAUAAGAGUUGAACGGCCUUGUUGAAUGGCCAAAUUCUUGUGGACUUUCGAAUUUACCCAUUUUGCUUACUUCCAAUUCCUGAUCUUUGCUUUAAAAUUUCUGUCUUUUGCUUAUUCACUUCCUUCUCUGUUCAUGGACACUUGCUCGUUCUUUCUUUUUAGUACAUUUCUUUUCCUUUGCACUGAUUCUUCAUGCUUACCUGUUUUUGUUUGUGCCUUCAUAGAGACUAUGUUUUCCUCUUUCUACCCUCCUUCUCUUUGUCCUCUGUCUCUCUUCUCUCUGUUGAUUCCAUUCCAUUUCUCAAUCUUUCUACAUCCAUCUACCUUUUUGGCUUUAUUCAUCUCAGAGCUCUGGCAAUCCUGCAAUGAAAUCAUUUUGGUUUGUGAGCUUUACAGAUGUAGAGGCCAUUAUAUAAUAUGUAUUAUUUCAAUUUCUGCAGCAUAUAAAAGAUUAGCUACUCUGUGCUUGAAAGUCUUCCAGGACACUUUACCCUAUAGUCCUAUCUUGGUGAUGAUCCUGCUUCAAUGGCCAAGGGCUCUAAAGACAUAAUUGAUAUAUUCAUAAUAAUCUUACUUGUGAAUCUUAAGACUAGUUGAGCUUUUGUAUGACUACAGUCUACUUCAGGUACUUGGAUGCUAAUGUUAAUCAUUUUAUUUUCUGAUACUCAUCUAUUUUUUUCCUCUUCUCUUUUCUCCCU